UUUGGAGUUCAGACAAGAAAGCGCAGUGGGGGGAACAAGUAUGGUCACUUCGCGACUCUCUGGGACAUUUAAAACUAUCUCCAAACUUAAAAUGAAGUAGUUUAAACGUCCAGGUUUGCUUAGAAGACGAGUUGAUGUUAGAUUUACUUUUUUUUUUUGGUGAAACUGGAGCUGCUUCCUUGUUCGAGAACUGGGGUGAAAUAUCUCAACAUCCUCACAAAGAAACUUUUUUUUUUUUCUCCACCACCACCACCACCACCACCAGUGGAGGAAGGGUUGCAGCUGGUGACUUUAAGCCAGACACCAGCAGUGUUUGGAACCAGCACCUAGGUCUCCACCAGGCAGCACACAAUUAGAUAGCAGCUGACUGUGUCCAGAUUUGUUUCUUUUCUUUCCUUUUGCAAAAAGAAAAAUGUCUGGUCGAAAUGGAGUCGGGCAGAUCCGGGGGACUACUUUAGGUCCACAACCCCUGAAGGCGACUGUUCCCUACCAGCUGACCAGCAAGCCUCGACCAAAGAGAGAUGCUGGGAAGCCCAAACCGCACCAGCUGAGCUCUGGCAUGAGGCGGACAAUGUCUCUUGAUGCCAUCAUCGGGCCGUACCUGCAGGGACACUGGCCCAAAGAACCAGAGGGCCAGAGAAGCCCGUCUCGCAAGGACAAGUCUACACAGACCCCAGACUCGUGGUGCGAUAAAUCCCAGAGCAGAAGAGGUAGCAGCAGCCACAAACGAUCAGCAUCAUGGGGCAGCGAUGCGCAUCUGCGAGAGAUCGCUAAACUAAAACAACAGCUGCAGCAGCGCAGCAAACCUGAAGCCUCAGGGGGGCAUGACAAAGACCGCCAGCGUGGAUAUCCUCAGGGGUGCUGUAGCCUAGGAACUACUCAGACUCAGCCAAUUUCCAUCCCCUUGUCUACACUGGUCCCUCGACUGCGCUGCAGUGUGGAGGGCCUCAACCAAGAGCUGGAAGGCAUGUUCAUCUGCCAGCCUCUGCAUCCUCAGCACAGGCUCCUCGAGGUUCCAGACGGUCACCGGGCUCCGGUCCCUCCGCAGAGCUGCAGCAGUGGAUCUCAGAGUGACAUGGCCACCACACCCUUGUCCUCAUCUUUCUCCUCCUCCUCCUCCUCAUCCUCCUCACCCAGCUCCUCUCCAACAAAUAUCUCCACCUUGCGACCCCACCUCGAAGAUGCACCACUGGAUCUGCACCAAGACGGUGCAGAGAUGUGCCUCCUGUCUCCGUUCUCCUCCCAGAAUGAGGCAGAUCUCUCCCUGCCUCUGCUGCUGUCGUCCUCCCCGGGGCCAAACAAGAGUUGCUGCUUCCAGAGAGAGCCACCAGAGGGCUGCGAAAAGGUCACAGUCUGGGAGGAAACCAGCACUCCACGCCAACAUAAGCCAGCCCUCAUCUCCUCCUGCCCAGACCCCAACAAGGUAAACUUCACCCCCCAUGGGGGCUCGGCCUUCUGCCCUGUCAGCCUCCUCAAGCCCCUGCUCCCCUCCAUGGACAUGUUGUUCCGCAGCCUCGCCGUCUCCCCAGCAGGCAGUUGCUCCGGCCAGGAAACGAGCUCCUGCCAGGCAACGUCCUCUGGCAACUGGGCCGCUCCUCCAGAUCCUCCCUCCAGCCCCGCUGUCAUGGGAGAAAGCUCAGGGGAGGGCCUCGCUUUCUGAUUACAGCUGCAGAGGCAUAAUGCAAAUAUUUCAGUCGUCUGGGACAGAUUUGUUGAUGUCGCUUUAUUUUAGGAAAGGACCAUUCCUUUUCUUUACAUAUUUAAAAUAAUCUCAUGUUGAAAAAUAAUAUUGGAAAAAAUAAUUAAUAUCUUACUCGUACGCAAUCCAAUGGAAAUGCUUUAUGAACUACUUGUUUUUUGGGUGUCCGGGGAUUGUGAUAUUUCUAAAUUAAGGCAUUUCUGUCAUUUCAUAAUCCAAAGAUUUAUGUUUUUGGCCAAACACAAGUGUGAGAUACAGGGCUGUCUUAUUCUACUCUUAACUCUGAAAAGUGCUUUGUUGGAUGACUGACCCCCUCACAUGCUUCACUUAUUUGUUUCCCCAAAGAAGCCAUGACACACACUUAUAUUGUACUGGUUUUUAAACUCUGACUGCAGUGUGUCAUCUCUGUCCAAAAUGUUAGGAGUCUGGGUCAAGUAAUGAAACUCUUUCCCAGAUAAGUUUGCUUGUUUUUAAGUAUUCAAAGAUAUUAUCUGCAAUUAUUUUUUAUCUAACUUGACCUUGCACCUGUUGCUGGUGUACAAAGCACGACAAAUCAGUUGGGUAUUUUUUAUUUACCUGAUUUAAAAGAAGAAAAAAAAAAACACAAAAAAACAGGACAUAAUGAAAUCACAUUUUGAUUAUUGUAGACUAAAGGGAAUUUUCCAGUUGUUGGACUUGGGUAGCAUCAAUAUCUAAAUGCUUCAGCUCAUUCAUUCCUGCUUUAAAAGUUGUACAGAUGUUAUUUUUGUUGUCAUCUUGUUUACUGGAGAAAAAAAAGUAGCUUGUGUAUUUGUUAAUAGAUAAAAAAAAAAACCCUGUUAUUCCUUGAUGUUCUAGAUGUCUGCUUGAUGGUAUGUUUAUAGUUUUGAGGUUUCACAGCCUAGUUGACUACCUAACCAUUAGUGGUGUAGAUUUGUCAUCCUUAAUGUUCCUCUGAAGAUGUUCGUGUUCUUCUGCCAAGCUGACAAGUUGAUGUUAAAAUAGUUUUAUUUCUGGUAGACAUGUUUGCACAAAUUGAACUGCUACUUUUGAGUCGCAAUUCUUAUUUUUUAUAUUCACUUUCGUACUUUUAAGAGUAGUUAUGUGUAUUUUCUACAUCUUUUUUCAAUUACCUGCAACAUAAGCUAAAAAAAAAAAAAAAAAACCCUGUUACUUUUAGUUUUGUCAGUAUAGUUGAGGCCGGUGUUAGGUGAGAUACUGUAUCGGGUGGAUUUUUAUGCACUUCCAGGAGAGGGUUUUAAUGUGGAGGAGGAAAUGUUUCUUCCUUAGUCCUGGGUUUAUUGUCUCUGACAGAAGUUUUUGUUUGUGUGUGUGUGUGUGUGCAUGUGGAUGGAAAGUUAACUAGUAUGAUUGUUUGACUUCUAGUUUUAGUAUCCUGGUAAAAUACAGAUUGAUUGAAACAUUGUCUUUUUCCAAAUAAGCCUCAAUUUCAAUGUUUUCUGAAUCUGUGUGGAUGCUGGGGGAUGUGCUGUUAUCUCAGGUUCUGUGAUCUGUCCAAAUAAAUAUAUGA